GGAGUGGAAGAGCUAACGACAAUGGGUGUUCCUCUUAGAUUCUUGUUCCUUCUCUCUCUCUUCACGUGUAAAAGAAUUUGUGAUGAGAAUGUAUCGUUACCCCUUAUAUAAGCACAACCAUGCAGUGGAAUGCAGUGGAAGAGCUAUCGACAAUGGGUGUUCCUCUUAGAUUCUUAUUCCUUCUCUUUCUCACUCUGUUCUCUACACUCCCAACCCAUCUUCAGGCAUCGUUUUCUCAGCAAUCCCACAUCGAUCUUCCAUCAGAAACUCACCGUUCUUCGCAGAAACAGACCCACCUUCACUUCUUCUACCAUGAUCUUCGAAUCGCCAACAACCCCUCCACCAUCGUGAAGAUCGUGGACACCCCCAAGAACGUCCCCAACCGCUUCGGCUCCACUUUCGUCAUGGACGAUCCCAUGACGGAAGGCCCGGAUCUCAGCUCCAAGCCCGUUGGGAGGGCCCAAGGCCUUUUUGGCCUCGCCUCUCUCAACGACCUGGGCAUGUACAUGCUCAUCAAUUUCGCUUUCACGGAAGGGGACUACGCCGGAAGCUCCCUGAGCAUGGUCGGCCGGAACCCCGUAGCGGAGCAGAACAGAGAGAUGCCCAUCGUCGGUGGCACCGGCGUGUUCAGGUUCGCCACUGGCUAUGCUAUAGCCAACAGUAUGUAUGACAUUUCUUCCCCUGAGCAUUUUGUGAUGGAGUACAAUGUCACCGUGCGCCAUGGCUAGUGUCAUGUACCAGAGUUUUUCUGGGGUUUUCGCUUCAUCUUUCACCUCUGCAUGCUUCUACGUUUCAUCUACUGUUUUUUUAUUUUCUAUUGCUUGUUCUGUAGCUUCUCUUUGUUUCAGGUACUGGAGCAACAUCACUUAUUCAGAAAUAUCAGUUGCUUAUUCGAACUUCUGACC